CCUACAGAGUCACGUGAGCGUGCGCGUGUCACGUGACCCUUUAAAUGCGAGCAGCUUCUUCCUUUGUGUUCUUUUGCGAAGCCGUGAAACGUUCGACGUCUUUUGACUUCUCUCGUUUCGGCCGCGUCAGAUUUACCAGGUUCUGAGAGAGCUGCUUGUUAAUAUCUGCCGAGCUGUCAGUCUCCUAGUUAUGAUGUGGAUCCUGUUCCCGGCUCUGCUGGGUCUGAGCUCGGCGAUGAUCUGCCCGGACGGGGACACGUGCGAGAGCGGCAACACCUGCUGCAAGAACCUGGAGGGCCAAUACCUCUGCUGCCCACUUCCUAACGCCGAGUGUUGCUCGGACCACCUCCACUGCUGCUACGAGGGGACGCUCUGCGACCUGGUCCACGGCCGGUGUGUCAACAGGACGGUGUCUCUGCCCUGGAGGAGGCGCCUUCCCCCCCGACCGGCUCCUCAGCUGGAGGAGAAGCUCAAAGCGGUCGUGUGUCCGGACCGUGAGUCCGAGUGUCCCGACGACACCACGUGCUGCCAGAUGGCCGACGGCUCGUGGGGCUGCUGCCUGUUCACUAAGGCCGUGUGCUGUGAGGAUAAACGCCACUGCUGCCCCGAGGGCACGACCUGCGACCUCCAACACUCAAAGUGUCAGUCGGCCUCUCUGCAGUCCUUCCCCAUGCUGGAGAAAGGGCCCGCCAGGAGGAGGGGGAACCACUCGGUGUCUGCAGCUCCUCCGGUGGGUUCGGUGUCGUGUCCUGAUGGGAGCAGCUGCCCAGACAGUUACACCUGCUGCCUUCUGAGCAGCGGAGCUUACGGCUGCUGCCCGUACGCUCAGGCCACGUGCUGCAGCGACCAUCUCCACUGUUGCCCUAGCAACACGGAAUGCGACCUGGAGCGCGGCAUCUGCAAGGAAGGCGAGACGCUGAAGAAGAUCGUGUCCGCGUCCAAUGGAGUCGAGUGUCCGGACCAUUCGGAGUGUCCCGACCAGACGACCUGCUGCAAGGUGGCCGACUACACCUACGGCUGCUGUCCGAUGCCCAACGCCAUCUGCUGUUCAGAUCGCAUCCACUGUUGUCCUGAAGGCACCGACUGUGACGUCGUCCACAGCGCCUGUGUUUCCACCCGCCGAGAGACCGCCAUCACCAUGACGACGCUGGAGGAAGUUCAGAGCAAAGUCGCCGUGGUUACCUGCAACGGCACGGCUGUCUGCGCCGACGGGAACACCUGCUGCAAGCUGCCAAAUGGCGGCUGGGCGUGUUGCUCUCUGCCGAAGGCCGUGUGCUGCGAGGAUCACCUCCACUGCUGCCCGCACGGCACCGUCUGCAACCUCGAGGCCUCCACGUGCGACGACCACUCGGCCGGCACCGCGACGCCGUGGCGCGCCAAAAUACCCGCCUCCCCGGCGCCGGCCGCCGACGGCAAGUGCGACGAGUUGACGUCGUGUCCCGGGAAGUCGACCUGCUGCAAGACGCAGAAGGUCCCGGCCCGGCUCCGGCUCCAGAAGGUCCCGGCCCGGCUCCGGCUCCAGAAGGUCCCGGCCCGGCUCCGGCUCCAGAAGGUCCCGGCCCUGCCCACCAGGAACAUGUGCGACGCCCAGACCAGCUGCCCCAGAGACACCACCUGCUGCUUCAUGGGCGCGGCCCGCCGCUGGGGCUGCUGCCCUCUGCCCCAGGCGGUGUGCUGCGAGGACGGGCUGCACUGCUGCCCCGGGGGCCACGCCUGCGAGCCCCACCGCUCCGCCUGCUCCAAGGGGCCCCUCGUGGUCGUGCCCUGGUUCUCCAAGCUGAGCGCCCUGAGCGAGCCGGGCGCCGUGACGGACGUCAAGUGCGACGACAAGAGCAGCUGCGCUUCGGGGACGACGUGCUGCAAGCUGAAGACGGGCGAGUGGGGCUGCUGCCCGCUGGUGAAGGCGGUUUGCUGCGCCGACCGCGAGCACUGCUGCCCUCAGGGCUACACCUGCAACAUGGAGACCGGCACGUGUGAGAAGACGAACCGCGCCGGCCUCCCCCUCCCGCAGGUCAAAGUGGUACGUCCCGACGCCGGAGACGUACCAUGCGACGCCGCGGGGGAGUUCCGCUGCUCCGAGCGGGACACGUGCUGCAGGGUGUCGGCCUCUGAGUGGGCCUGCUGCCCCUCCCCCCGGGCGGUCUGCUGCCCCGGCUCGAGGCACUGCUGCCCCGCUGGACACUCGUGCGAUCCGGCGGCCGCGGGCUGCUCCCAGCGCUCCCAUCACUCCCAGCUGACCUGGGACGCGCCGGUCGGGGACGGGAGGAGACUUUAGGUCCCACUCGGGGGAGGUGCACAGGGAUGGGCGUCCAUCUUUGAUCCGUAACAUCCCCGCUGUCCAUGGACGGCACUUCCUGUUCCACGGGUCCUUCGUGGAGGUGUUUGGUUUUAUUUUGGUGCUGAUGAGGAGGAGACUCGGUGGCAGUGAAGACUUUAUGAAGAAGAAGAAGAAGAAGCACUUUGAUCAGGUGACGUAGCCGAGGCUUGUUUGGUUAGUGUAGGAGGCGUGCACGUGUAGGAGGCGUGCACGUGUAGGAGGCGUGCACGUGGUUUCAUGUCAUUUCUUGUAGAUGAUGAGGGGUAAAUAUUUUCUUAACAAAUCCUGUGCGAUGAUCUAAACUUCAAGAAGAAAACCUUUAUAAAUGGGUCAUAAAUAUAAAUAUACUUUCAUAAUGUACCUGGACGGAUCUCCUUUUUGUUUGUUUCCAACAAAGAAAUAAACCGUAUUUAGUUUGUUGUGUUUUUAACUAAAUACGAUGCAGAUACGUUGGAGGUGAAUAACCUGGUUAUCUUUAAUCAGCAGUUUGUUGUUGAAUGUUAAUAAAUAAAGUUGUAUAAUAUUCUG